UCAAGUGACUAAAGGCAUCUCUAUUAAAUCGGCGGUGACCUAAGAGAAGGGGAGGGAGAUGGAAGAGCAGGACCCCGAAGGAGCUGCAGCUGGCAAGACAGCAAGCAAAGGCCCCCCUCCCACCCAAGCUGGGGGUGGUGGUGAAGGCUGGGAAAGCCCCGUGCCAGAGACACCUUCUCAGGUCACGGAGAUCUCAGAGGUGCAUGGCCAACACUUCCGGCAGUGCCAGUACCGUGAGGCUGAGGGGCCCCGAGAGGUUUGCAGCCGGCUCCAUCGACUCUGCAGCCACUGGCUGAAGCCAGAGAGGAACUCCAAGAAGCAGAUGGUGGACCUGGUGAUCCUGGAGAGGUUCCUAGCCCUCCUGCCCCAGGAAAUGCAGCACUGGGUCAGGGAAUGUGGGCCGGAGACCAGUUCCCAGGCGGUGGCCUUGGCCGAAGGCUUCCUCCUGAGUCAGGCCGAGGAGAAGAGGCAGGCAGAGCAGAUGUGGGGACCAUCCUUGGAGAGAGAAGCUCCAUUCCCUGAGGCAGAACGAGGUUCCUUGGAGGAAGGGCAGAGGGCGCAGGCCCAGGAGGGUGCCCAAGAUGCCCUCUCUUGGGGCAGUGGAGAGAUGCUGAACCAUCAUCUUUCCAGAGUUGUGGAAACAGCCGCUUUACCUCUAGUCCAGUGCCCCUUUUCCUUUGAGGAGGUGUCUGUCCGUUUCACUACAGCAGAGUGGGACGUGCUGGAUCCGGGCCAGAAAACCCUCUACAGGGAAGUCAUGCAGGAGAACUAUUGGAGUGUAAUCUCUCUGGGUAAGGAGUAUCUUCCACAAGUGCCAAAGGUGUGA